GAAGGAGGACAAUUCGUCUCUUGGGCUGCCGAAGCGACAGCUGUCAGAGAGGCAGGAGCUUCUGGGAGCCGCGGUCUGAAGGCUACGUGUGCUGCCUGGUCAUUCAAAGUGUCAAUUUUAGGUCCAGAAGUGUCCAAACCACAAGUUCUCAAAACUCUGAAAAAUGGCUCCCUCCAUGUUAAGAGUGCCUGGACACUGGAAAAAAAGAAUCCCUGAGCACCCGGAACUGGACACCAUUCCUGGUUCAGAUUUAAACAUCUUUGGAGGUCUGCGCGCGGCGGCCAUUGGCGGCGGAGUGUCACGUGACUGCGGGGGCGUGCCAAUGUGCUCCCAUACGGGUGUCAAGCCCUUGUCAGAGAGUGUGAUCACGAUCCUGAAACAUCGCGAUGCAAAAAGCGACCUACUACGACAGCUCGGCGAUCUACGGUGGCUACCCCUACCAAGCAGCCAAUGGGUUCGCUUACAAUGCCAGUCAGCAGCCUUACGCGCCGUCCGCCGCUCUGGGCACCGAUGGUGUUGAGUACCAUCGACCCGCCUGCUCCCUCCAGUCUCCCGCCAGCGCUGGGGGCCACCCCAAAGCUCAUGAGCUGAGCGAAGCUUGUCUGCGCAACCUGAGCGGCCCUCCUAGCCAGCCCCCAGGCCUGGGUGAUCCACCUUUGCCUCCACCUCCUCCCCAGGCAGCGCCCCCAGCCCCACAGCCUCCACAGCCCCCACCACAGCCCCCUGCGCCCACCCCUGCAGCUCCUCCGCCUCCCUCGUCUGUCUCUCCCCCUCAAAGUGCCAACAGCAACCCUACCCCUGCCAGCACAGCCAAGAGCCCCCUGCUCAACUCUCCCACCGUGGGCAAACAAAUCUUUCCCUGGAUGAAAGAGUCAAGGCAGAACACUAAGCAGAAAACCAGCGGCUCCAGCUCAGGGGAGAGCUGCGCUGGUGACAAGAGCCCGCCUGGGCAGGCUUCCUCCAAGCGCGCGCGCACGGCGUACACGAGCGCGCAGCUGGUAGAGCUGGAGAAGGAAUUCCACUUCAACCGCUAUCUAUGCCGGCCGCGGCGCGUGGAGAUGGCCAACCUGCUAAACCUCACCGAGCGCCAGAUCAAGAUCUGGUUCCAGAACCGCCGCAUGAAGUACAAGAAGGACCAGAAGGGCAAAGGCAUGCUGACCUCGUCUGGGGGCCAGUCGCCAAGUCGUAGCCCUGUGCCUCCCGGUGCAGGAGGCUACCUGAACUCUAUGCAUUCGCUGGUCAACAGUGUCCCAUAUGAGCCCCAGUCACCCCCUCCUUUCUCCAAGCCUCCCCAAGGCGCCUACGGGUUGCCUCCGGCCUCCUACCCUGCUCCCUUGCCCAGCUGCGCUCCCCCACCUCCCCCACAGAAACGCUACCCAGCGGCGGGGUCAGGCGCAGGGGGCACCCCUGACUACGACCCGCAUGCUCACGGCCUGCAGGGCAACGGCAGCUAUGGGACCCCACACUUACAGGGAAGCCCCGUCUUCGUAGGGGGCAGCUAUGUGGAGCCCAUGAGCAACUCUGGGCCAGCACUCUUUGGCCUAACUCACCUUCCCCACACCACCUCGGCUGCCAUGGACUACGGGGGCACUGGGCCGCUGGGCAGCGGUCACCACCAUGGUCCAGGGCCUGGGGAGCCACACCCCACCUACACGGACCUUACUGCCCACCAUCCUUCUCAGGGAAGAAUUCAGGAAGCGCCCAAGCUCACCCACCUGUGAUGAUGAGCUGAGGCUGCGAGCCAGGAGAGUUAGUUGCCCACCCGACCUUCUUUGGUUUCUUUUUCCUUUUUUGUCUUGUUUUAUGUUCAUCUUGCCUCUCCCUUUGCUCCUCUGCACCCCUCCCUCAUUUUGUUUUCUUUGGUAAUGCGUUUUUUAUAGUAUAUGUGACGGAGCAAUCUUGGUUGCUGGAAAGGUUGUCAGUAUCAGUAGCAACAUUUACCACCACCCCUCCUCGCCCUGGCCUAUGGCCCUGCACCCUUUCCCUUCUCUAUUCUUUGAUAAGAAACAGGGUAUAUGAACAAACUUUCUAGUCGAGUUUUCAAUGUGAAUUUGUUCAUACUUUAUGGCUCCCGAGAGGAAGCAACUGCGUUUUUUUUUUUUAAAGUUUUAGUUUUUAAAAUUGCACUUCUUGUAAUGAUCGAGAAAAAGAAAUCAAAGGCGCUUUGAAACAGGGACUCCCUGUGCAAAGAUGACUAAGUGUACGUCUUUCCGUGUGUGUGUGCUGGUGAACAGUCAGAUUUAUUUAUAUUUUUUGCAAGCAUUGAAUAGUCUAAGUUUUAAAUAUUAUUUAUCCCCAUCCGUUCGUAUUUAUAUUAAAGAAAUUCUGUACCCUGAUUGUUCAGAAGGUUUCUUGAGCCUUUUGUUCAAUGGUGUAUUGGCAUACAUAUAAAAUUUAUUUGAAAGGGAAAUAAAAAUUCCUUUAUAAAAACCGUAGCAAUGCAAUAAGAACAGAGAGGACCCAGAGUUUGAAAAUAGUGGUUUAGGUUUGUAACAUCCGGCAAAACUGAACGCUAAAAAUGCUAGAUUUGUUUUGAGAGUUUUACAUUCCUUGCUGCUCACAUUCUGAGAAACAAAACAAAAAAAAAAAUAAAGUUUUUAUUCUGAUUA